GGCAUGGUCGUCCAGGAUGACUACCAAGUACCACAGAUGCCUGAGGUGGUAGCCAAGUCGGGCUAUGCACUGUUAUACUUUUAUUCAGAUGCAGCUUACAACCUAACAGGAUUCUCAAUAUCUUAUACAGUUGCUGGUUGCCCCACCACAGUUGUUGGCGAGGAAUGCUCAAGCAGAGGUGCUUGCCUGGAUGGGGAAUGUACUUGUGAUGCAGGCUGGGGGGGACCUGCCUGCUCGGUGCCAGUUUGCCCAGAAGGCUGUUCAGGCAACGGUCAAUGCAAACCGGAGGAACACCGCUGCCAGUGCCAUCAGGGAUAUACAGGUGCAGACUGCAGUCAAGUCAUAGAGGAGGGAUGGUGGGAAGUGGUCAGCCACGACAUCACCAGCCAGCUGAAAAAAGCAAAUCCGUUCUCCUCCAUGCUAGAGCGAGGGUCACAUGCCACUGUCCUUAUCAAUAAUGCAAUCUGGGUCAUAGGGGGAUAUUCCUUCACAGAAAAGCCUUUUGUUUUAAAAUACAAUAUUACAGAAGACACUUGGAGAGCUUUGGAGAGUCGAAGUAUAAAGAAACCAGCCUCCAGAUAUGGGCAUUCUGCGGUGGUGUAUAAUGGAUCGAUAUACAUGUAUGGAGGCAUGAAGGAGGAUGGAACCAUCACACGAGAGUUCUGGCAGCUUGACACCUCCUCUCUGGCCUGGUCGCUGGUCCCAACGGAAAAGAGUUCCAGAGGAGGCAAGAGUCGGAAUGGGCGCAAGGGGAGACUAGGGCGUCGAGAAGGAAACAGACGCAACAACAGAAGUGGGAGAAGCCGAGAAAAUAGGCAGGAGAACAUCAGUAGCCGAAGAGAAGGGAGAGAGGGGAGAGAAGGAGAUGAGGAGGAGUUUGGAGAGGAGGAUGGAGAGGCAAACGAUCAUUCACCAAAGAGGGAGAAUGGGAGUGAGGCGGGAGGUUGCUUGUCAUCGUCGCCUGGGCCCUGUGCACCCAUACCCUGUGUAGGGCAUGCGGCGGUGGUGGUGCAGAAGGUGAAGAAGAAUGUUAUGCUCGUCAUCUUUGGGCAUUCCUCCAGAUAUGGAUAUUUAAACACAGUCCAAGAGUUUGAUUUCGAGCAAGGCAACUGGGAAACCAUAGAAACACGAGGUGCAGUGGUGAGUGGUGUUUAUGGUCACACGGCCGUCUGGGAUCCUGUGACCUCUCUUGUUUACGUCCAUGGUGGUCUGCAUUCCAUCACUUCCACCAGUCAAGUUGUGCCCUAUUUGAUGACUUAUGAUCCUGUCAAACACAUAUGGAAACUACGAACCCCGGCUCCAGUGCCUCGGUUCUUGCAUUCUGCCGUCCUUUUUAAAGGUUUAAUGCUGGUGUUCGGAGGAAAUACGCAUAAUGACACAGCCUAUUCUUACGGUGCAAAGUGUUACAGUGCAGACUUUUUGGCCUACGACAUAAGCUGUAAUUCAUGGCAUACAAUGCGCAAACCCCCCAACCUGUACCUUGAUGUUGCUAGGUAUGGACACACAGCAGUGUUUCACCAGGAGGAGAUGUACAUUGUUGGAGGCUUCAACGGCAAAAUGUUGGGCUCUGUGCUGAAAUACCAUCCAGGAGACUGUGAAACCGGGUUAACAUCAAGUGAAAAGUGUUUGACAGCAUACCCAGGUGUUAAGUGUGUAUGGAAUAGGAUCUUAACACGCUGUGAGUCAAUUGAUUUAAAAGAUAAAAAAGCUUACGAUGUAUGCCCUGCAGUGACAGCAAAACAUAAUUUCACUGCGCUGUGCAACAGCCAAACGUCUUGCCAUUCUUGUGUCUUCAAUACCUACAACUGCUUCUGGUGUAGUAGCUCCUGCACGGAUAAUAAGUGUACAGAAUACACAAAGGGUGUGGUGAGUGAGGAAGGCUGUGAGGAUGGCUUGCGGUCACGAUGCAAAGCGCUCAGCACCUGCCCCUUGUGUCGGGCACACCAGCACUGCGACUGGGUGGAAAAACAGUGUGUUCCAGCACCCAACAGGACAAUGACAACUGCUCUUACUAAUGGAGCGGCUGGAGAGGCUAAUCCCAGCCUUGGCUCGGAGAAUACUCUACAAACAGUGCAGAUAGAUAGAGACAUGGCUAGUGGUACAGGGGCCACGUUGCUCUCUCACAAGCCUUGUCAGCCUACCUGUGCACAGAGGACAUCAUGUACAAACUGCACACAGAGUUCGUGCAUGUGGUGCUUCAAUCAGCAGCGGUGUGUCAAGAAUAAUUCCUAUUUGGUCAGUUUCCCCUACGGUCAGUGUAGAGAAUGGACAACAGAAUCCAAGAGGUGCAUGGAUGUGGAGCCUGGAAUGAGCCGCUGCAGCAUCCACCAAACAUGUGAGAAAUGCCAAGCAGACGUUGCAUGCGGUUGGUGCGAUGACGGAAGUGGUACAGGAAUUGGCACCUGCAUGGAGGGUGGUCAGAGAGGCCCCAUUAACCCAGUUACCAAAGCCACUCAGAGGAAGAAGUGCCCCAGUCCGAACUGGUAUUUCACCCAGUGCCCAUUAUGCAAUUGUAACGGCCACAGCACUUGUGAGAAUCACAGUCAGUGCAUCGAGCCUUGUGCCAACAAUACUGGGGGAUCCCAUUGCCAGUACUGUGUGGAGAAAUUCUUUGGAAAACCAAUUAAUGGCGGACUCUGCAAACCUUGUAUGUGCAAUGAGCAUGGUGACACAUGCAAUCGUGAGACUGGACGCUGCAAUUGUCACACAAAAGGGGUAACUGGUGAUCACUGUGACCGAUGUGAUACUCAAAACAACUAUGUUGGUGAACCCCUGAAAGGAUCUUGUUUCUAUGACCUUCAGAUAGACUAUCAGUUUACUUUCAACCUCUCCAAACAUGAGGAUCGUCACAUACGCCAGAUCAACUUUUUCAACGUGCCAACAAAGAGUGAUGUAGAUACUGACUUCGAUAUACAAUGUUCGAAGGCAACCAACAUCAAGAUUUCAUCUAAAAUGACAAAUAGUCACGAAACUUGGAUCAUACGCAACUUUACUGGUAAAAGAAUCAAAAAGAGGUUCAGUUCUUCGGAUUACACGUUCGGGUCAGCAGACAACAACACAACAUUUCACGUCUACGUCUACAACUUCACGCCUCCCAUAGAGAUCAUUGUAUCGUUCUCCCAACACCCCAAGCUGGAUCUUGUGCAGUUCUUCUCCAUAUUCUCACUAUGUUUCCUGAUUUUACUGACUUUAGCAGCUAUACUUUGGAAGAUCAAACAGAAAUAUGACAUUUAUACCAGGAGACAGCGUCUCUUGGUGGAGAUGGAAGCCAUGGCAUCACGUCCCUUCCGCCCCAUCCUCCUGGAGCUCUAUCCGAGAGGCUCUGCCGAUACCCCCAACGCCAAUGGCAUCAUCUGCCCCACUCCCACCAACACCACGCCAACCCCCACCGCCAUCACCACAACGACCCUGGCCAAUAACUGCAACAUUCUGGGCACCAAUGGCACUGCCAAUGCCAUCAGCAGCUCCCUGACCAAUGCCACAACCAACUCAUUGUCCAGCCUCAACUCCAACUCCACAAACAAGGGAGUAUUCAAGGCUAACAACAUGAAGUCCUGCAAUAAUGUAAUGAGCAAUGCAACGUCACCGGAUAGCCUUCCUUCAGACACCUUAGAUGGCAUGAUGACGCUCAAGAAGAGAAAGAAGCAGAUCAACCCAAGUCCUAUAUCCCUGGAGCCUUGCAGUGGGAACCGAGCAGCCGUCCUCUCACUCCUGGUUCAGUUGCCUACCGGUGGGGAACCCUUCACACCGCCAGGACAUCCAGGUGGUCUGGCAAUAGCAAGCACUCUUGUAACGCUCGGAAACCCGAGGAAAUGUAGUUCCGACCCCAUAACUCUUACCAAGGGGGACGUCAACAAAAAUAAAGCUCUAAGAGGUAAACAACCAUAUUCCAGCCAUUCUCCUGACACCUGUAUUUAACAUAGGCCUUGCCACCAUCCUGUAAGAUGUGCAGAUGUAUCAUGUAUGAUAAGCCAUUGUUAACAAUAGUCACAUCCAAAUUUUAUAAUGUAGUAUGUAAUAAUGAUCAUAAUGAUUAGGUUUAGUAUUAGUUGUCUGAUGCCUUGAGCAGACAAAAGCAUUCUCUGUUGUUGCUUAUGUUGUCGCUUGCAGAAAGCUACAUUGACUUAAAACAGUUAUUUGGAAAAUGAACCACUGAAACAGGUCUUCAGAUGCACAGGUGUGUAUUUGAUGAUAUACAAAAUGAGAUGAGCAUUUUAUUCCUUUAUUUUUUUUUUUUUUUUUGCUGAGUUUAACCCUUUUGUUUCUUGACUUUAUUACCUACAGACAUUUACCUGUUUUUCCACCUUAGUUUGAAAGAAAGGAAAAUUGAUUUCCUGUAUGAUUACCUGCGAAAGGAUUUUUUUUUUUUUUCUUCUUCUUUUCUUUACUAUCCAUGUAUAAUUUCCUUGAAAUUUGGAAGUCUAUAAGCAGUUUUAUUUUUGUAUUUAAUAUUUUUUCAAUUUCAAGAAUGUCAACUGUUAUCAUUUCCAGGCCAGGAAUGUCACUACUGUCUGCUAAGGCCUUAGAUAUGUGUUCUAAGACGAGCUUAGAAGUUAAACAUGUUGAGUUAAACAAUACGAAUACAGUCCAGAAAUGGCCAAACGAAUUACAUAAUGCAACUGUACUGGGAUGUUGAGCCUGGACAGUCCUGGCCACACAAAGUUCCUACUUCUUUGUGGAAUAGUGAGAAGCGUAGCAACUCCACAAGGGCAUGGUGGCAGAAAUUCCUCUUGACACAUGCGUUUUUUCAUUGGCUGAAGAUUGUCCGGGUUAGGAACGAGUGUUGGAGUAUCAUCAUAUACACACGACUCGUAGUUUUUUAAUAAUGAAGUUUUAUUUGUUACGUAUCAUGCUCUGAUAGAUGCAGUUAUCAGUGAAAUAUGGAUAAUUUUUCUUUUUCUUUUUUCUUUGUCUCUUUAUUUCUUCUUUUUGCUAUGAAAGAGUGACCACUUCUCAUUUUCAUUCAUCUUUUUUUCCCCCCUACCUAUCAACCCUUGCCUUCACUCCCUUCCCUACCCAACCCUCCACCCCUCCCUCUAGCCAUCAGACUAACAGAAGACGUUACACGGAUUUGAUAGCGGCUUCGGAAGGGGCGGGGUGGGUGUGGUGGUAGGGUGGGGGGGGAAGGGUAGAAUAAAACAGGGGAAGGGGGAGAGCACCUAAAUGGAAUCCUGCGUACCAAGCACUUCUCAGGGAGUGGUUGAGAGUCUAGGCCUGGAUGUCGAGGGAGGGAGACGCGGACGGUGGCGGCUCAGGUGUUUGCCGUUUCUGGUUUCAGUGUCGAGCCAGUGGGAGGGAGAAAAGAAGGAAGGAAUGAUAAUUAGGGAUAAAGAGGAAUUCAGAUUGUCUAGUUCUCAGUCUUCUCUUUUUUAAGUUCAGUGAGAGUAUGUGAUAAUGUGGAACACAGUUCUUACGUUUGUUAUGAUGAUGAUGAGGAUUUUUUUUAUUAUGGAUAUUAUGAUUGUCAUUAUUAUUAUUAUUGUCAUUAUUAUUAGUAGUAUCAUCAUCACUAUUAUUGCAAUUAUUGGU